GCAUGCGCUGAAACGGGUUGAGGAGGCACACGUUCCUCUUCUACGUAAGGGGAGGCGGGGACGACGCACUGCGCAUGCGCGUGACGCAGUUGCCCAUGGUAACCGGGAGCCGCGUAGAGGAUGGGUUUGCUAUCAAUUCUGCGUAAAUUGAAGAGUUCACCAGACCAGGAGGUCAGGAUCCUCCUUCUGGGACUGGAUAAUGCGGGCAAGACCACACUUUUAAAACAGCUAGCAUCUGAAGAUAUCACCCACAUCACUCCAACACAGGGAUUUAACAUUAAAAGUGUGCAAGCACAAGGUUUCAAGCUGAAUGUGUGGGAUAUUGGUGGACAGAGAAAAAUCAGGCCGUACUGGAGGAAUUAUUUCGAGAAUACUGAUAUCCUGAUUUAUGUCAUUGAUAGUGCUGAUAGAAAGAGGUUUGAAGAAACAGGCCAGGAACUGGCAGAGCUCGUAGAUGAGGAGAAACUGAGUGGUGUUCCUGUACUCAUCUUUGCAAACAAGCAAGAUUUGCUGACGGCAGCCCCUGCUGCAGAAAUUGCAGAGGGUCUGAACUUACAUACAAUCCGUGACAGAGUCUGGCAGAUUCAGUCUUGUUCGGCCCUCACGGGAGAAGGUGUAUCGGAUGGCAUGAACUGGGUCUGCAGAAAUGUAAAUGCAAAGAAGAAGUAAGCUGCGCUGAAUUGCAAUGGAACUGGAGGGGCUGCCAAAGCCAAACACAUUCACUGACUGCUGGUGUCUGACCAAAUAUUUUUCCAUCUGUGUGAGGCUACAGCUGUUAGGAAUGAGAACAGCAGCUAAGCCUUCCACUCAUAUUGGAACUUUACCUGCUCUCUAACAUCAUUUUCCUUCCCUCUAAAUGAAUUUCUUCCUCACCCAUCCCUUUUUUCACAUAAAUUAUAUUAAAAGAUUCCACAUUCAUUUGACUGAACAAUGAGAUUUGAAAACAGAAGCAGAUUGUGGUCUGGCAUAAAGACUUUAAUGGGCUCCACAAAUCUAGAGUAAUCAUAGCAAUGCAUAUAGGAGCCUACAUCCGUUCUGAAAUCUCAGGAUGCUCACCUGGUUUCAUUCAAGGUUUUUCUGAUCAGCAGAUGAAGUGUUUUGUUAGCAUAUGUGCUUCAUUUUUACAGUGAUAAAUUCCUUGGUGGGUGCUGUGAGGAUUAUAAUGCGACCUCACAAAUUGCAUUUAUCAUAAAAAUAUGUCCACAAAGACACAUGCUGUAAUUCCAAUUCUUAAAACUCUAUGAGAAGCAGCAGGCACAAGGUAUGCUAUAAUUUAGUCAAAUAAAACAGUUCAGGCUACAGUGGCAUGUUGCAUUUAUGACUGAUAUCAACAUUUUCAAUAAUUUAGACACAGUAGAGCCAAGAUUUCUUUGGCAUCUAGUCUGUUGAACUGUAUCAAUUCCACUGAAUGAGGAUAGAGUUUUAACACCAUUGUGGUAGUCAAUUUAGUGUGCAAAGUCUUACUGCAAACAACUGUUAAUAGUUUUCUUUGUCCUUUUGAAGGUGCUUUGAAUCAGCUCUUGAUUCAGUGUUCCUGAAGGCAACAAGUCCAUAGCAAAUGUGUUUAUCUCAGGCAACAGUUCCAGACUGGGAGAUUAGUAGGGCCAUUGUGGUGGCUCCAUCCAUAUGAAUUGCUGCUGUGGCUGUACAGUCACAUAUCAGUUCUUUGAAAGUCUGCAUUGCUUCUGCACAUCCAGUUUUGAACAUAAUUGCUGACUAGCUGAACAAAAUGUGGCAACAUAUAUGUUUUUGAAGAGAGAGAGUCCUCAUUUUAAGAAAUAUUUCCUCAGUCUAAGGGUUUACAGGGAUAGGUUAAUCUCUGGUAGGACAAGAGUAGUUGCAUUCAUCCUAAAGGCUAAAGGAGAAGGCCCUAGUCUGUCUGGAACAUCCAACAAAAUAUUCACUAGGAAGAUAGCACCCUGUCCUUUGAAGAACAGGCAUAUAUAAACUUGACAAAUCUUAGCAUAUUAUCACAGCACCUAGAUAUAGAAGGCUGUUUCUCAUCUUUAGUUUAUCUGCUCAGUUUGUCAAAGUUCAAAGUAAUUUGGUGAAGGUAGCCUUGCAUGCAGUGAGUUGGGUAUGCAGCUUUUUGAUUAUAACAAGAAAUUUAGCCUGAAAAUUGUAUGGCAACUAUAGAACUCUCUCUCAUUCUUGAUGGAAGAGAAUAAACUUGAAUGCUUUGAUGAGAUCCAGGGAACAUAAUUUGUGAAUAUAAUCUGUUGUCACUCACUACUUUGUUGCCUAUGCUUUUCUUAGAGGCAGUAACUGGAAACAUAGCAAAUUUAAUAAUUUCUCAUCUAACUGGACUUGAACUCUUCAGUGCUUUGCAUUCGGUACAAAUUCUAUAUUAAAUUAGAUAUAUUAAAUCUUUAUCUCUCUUAAUUCAUAAAGUUUAUGAAAGAAAUAAUACUACAAACAUACUCCAAGAACCAGGAGGAAUACAAUAAAGUACAGGUCACAAUCUAAAUCCAUUAAGAAACCCCAAACAUGACAAUUAAAAAUAUGUAUAUCCACAAACUCAAGAUCACUCAAAACAAAUAUGUUAUAUUGUUCCUUUUCUGUUGGGAAGCUAGUAACACGUCACAGUAAUCUUUUAAAAAAGAAUCCUUUUGUACAGAUCCAAUAUUACAUAAACAGCGGCAAAAUUAUUUUUUUUGCACUUGUAGUCCAGUGUUUGGGGGGGGGGGGAGGCAAAUAGCUGUGCAACUACUCAGCCCUGAUGUUUGGAGAGGUUUAGAAACUCAUGGCAUGAUGGUUGCAAGAUUUCACCCUAAAAUCCAACAGACCUCACUCAGUCUUUUCAGUUCUGAAAAAUUGUGAAGACAGCUUCUUCCAAUUUUAUUCUGGUUCUGUGCCUGCUUAUUCUUUUACAGUGGAUAUUUUUGGGCUGGGGGGAAGAUGAGCAGCUCAUUGAACCAGAAGGCAUCACUGUGGUCCAUCACCUUCGACAAGCCUCAAAACCCAGCUUGCAAUCAUUUUGAGCUAACUGGAUUUUCUCAGAGCUACAAAAUGUGUAGACUUGAUGACUUCAAAGGCCAGUUUAUUGUCUUGGAGAAUGGCUUCUUCUGGAUGGAUGCUUCACAAGCUACAUGGCAAGAAGUGGAACAAUUAUGGAACAAUCUCUCUUAUACCUAGCAAAGGCAGAAGGUUAUCCUGUUUAUAAGAAUUCAUAUGUUCUGACUGUUUUAGUCAACAGCUGUUCUUCAGCCAAUGGUCCAUGAUUUUAUCUAAUCUUUUUUAUUCCAGUUCUAUAAUCAGCUUUCUGAAUAUUCCUGCUGAGCUCAGUACAUACUGUGGGAAAACGUUUUUCCAUUACUUAAGUACCAUAGAGACAUGCUUUGAGUCUUUGGCAGGCUAAUUUGCUACUAAAUUAUCCUUCUCUUUUUUCUUAAUAAAAUGAAUAUUUCCUGUCUGAAUGUCACUGUAAGAUGUCUUGAUACAUUUAAAGGCAGGCCAGAAUGGCUGAAGUAUAGCUUGAGAGACCUGUGUAAUAGUUCACAUAUUAGAAUGAAAAGAGAGCAUGGUUCAUGUAACUUAAUUACAUAUUAUUUUAAUUAUACAUAGUUCAGUCUGCUCUUUGAACAGACUUUUCUUACAUGCCAGAUCAUACUCAGAUGCUUUAUAAAGCCAUAGCUGUAAACUGUCCAGUAUAUCAUCUCUGCUUUUUUAUUCUCUAUUACUUUAAGGUACAUUCAAUUUUUAUGAGCUCUUUGUUUUCUUCUCUCUUUUUGAAGUUAAUAUAAAGGAUGUGUGAUGAUAUUUGGUGGUGUUAAGCCUCAAUGUAUAUGUUUAGAUGUUUGGAAAUAAAAUUUGGUAGAAAUGAUAAA